AUGAGCGGAGCCCUCUUCAACUAUCCCCCACUCCAUCACGACACCCACUUCUCAACACCACCCUUAGAAAUGUAUUGGAACGGCGUUUACUAUCCCAAUUGGCGUAUCUAUCGUGAUCAGCCACCUGCGACCUUGAACUACAACGUUAUUUCUCACGUUUUUUACGCUUUUGCCUGGGUCAAGGAAGAUGGCACAGUAUAUCUCAGCGACGAGUGGGCAGAUGCUCAGAUCGAAGUCCCAGGCUACGAGGAUGUUCCUGCCACUAAGGGUUGCUUGAACUCCUUAGCCGAGUUGAAGAAGAAGUACACCAGACUACGGGUAGUGCUUUCAGUUGGUGGGGGUGGUGAGGGCAGCAAGCCUUUUGCUGGAGUUGCUCGAGACCCAGCGAAGCGCGACCAGUUCGCACGAUCAUCGUUGGAGCUGGUCCAGCGAUUCGGAAUCGACGGCAUCGACAUCGACUGGGAGCAUCCUGAAAACAGGAGCCAAGGUGAAGACUACAUUGCUCUGCUAGCAGCAUUACGACAGUACCUCCCUGGGCCUCAGUACACCUUGUCUUCAGCCCUUCCCGCUGGCGAAUGGGCCUUGCAACACAUCAACUUGAACCAGGCCUCCUACUACCUGGAUAUGAUCAACCUCAUGGCCUACGACUACUCAGGUCCCUGGGUCAACAAGUGCGGUCACCAAGCCCAGCUUUUCACCCCGCAAUCUCCGCACAGCUCCGAGGCAGCGAUAUCAUGUCACUCUGCUGUAUCGUAUAUGCUGCGGCAAGGAGUGCCAGCUAACAAGAUCAUCAUGGGUGUACCGGCUUACGGCCGAUCAUUCACUGGAACGCGCGGGGUGGGCCACUCAUUCUCUGGUCAGGCGGGCGAGGAGGGCACAUUUGAGUACCGAGAUCUACCCCGACCUGGCUCAGAGGAGCAUGUCGAUGAGCACAUCGGCGCAGCCUACUGCAUGGGCGGUGACGGCGGUUUUGUUACCUACGACAAUCCUCACACGGUCAAGAUGAAGGCCAACUACGUACGGCAGAACGGACUGGGAGGUCUCUUCUACUGGACCGGCACGGGUGAUGCGAGCUCCAUUGACAACAAGGAUCGCAGUCUAGUAUGGAAUGGCUUUCUUGGUCUUUUCCCACAGUAGAUAUGAUCUGGAGUACCUGCUCUAGCCCACAUCUACGAGCGUUGGC